AUGCCAGAUGUCACAAUGUUGGACCAGGACGUAAGUUCUGGCUAUCCACCAGGCCAAUACCAACUGCCACAGUUCACGCCAGCACGCUCAAGAUCGCAGCUGAAUUGUGUCGCGCUAGUGCAGUCACAACAACAGCAUGACAAUAUGAUCUCCUUAACGCCACAGGACAACACAGAUGUUGCCGCGGACGCAGAAAAACCUAUGGACAUCUGUGAGCCAGAACCUCAAUCACUUCGCACAUUGUGGCCUGAAAUUUAUGCUGUUGAACCCCUGAGCAUCAAGCGCAAACCAGUUGGUGAGCCCGUCAAGACUACUAUCAAGCCAUCGAAAGUCUACGACGUCCGACCACCGACCAACAACCGCCCAUCUCAACAGCCUGCCGCUGUAGAGCGACCAAGAUCCCAAGAAGUCUGGGUAUCAUCACUCGGCUCCAGCACCAGACCUGACUUCGCGGAAUCCGCUCAAACUUCGGACAGCCAAAUGGGAACAUGCUUUUCAACACCGUCCAAAGCCCUGGCUCCACAAGGCGCGCUCUCGGACAAAGAAGAGAAAGCAAGGCGAAAGGCGGCGCGCAACGUCGAACGCCAGAAGUUGCAAGCAGAACUUGCCGACCUCGAGAAACGCCGCAAGCACCCAAUGCCACCGCCUGUCCUCCGCGCUCUUGCACCUAAAAAGCUUCGCAACAGUCUCCUCGAAAAGUCAGUCCGCAAAGCGAUCGACCCCGAAUCCGUCAUACCUAGCGAAUGGACGCGUCGACCCAAGCUCGAGACCGCCUUCGCAUCCAAAGACGAGUUCUCCGUCGACGGCUUCAUCGUCCUCGACACCUCCGCUCGACCCCUUCCCAAGGUCGCCCCGGGCGCCUUCGACGCCUUGGUCGCUGCUGCUCUGAACAACGGUAACGAUGUAGUGCGAUAUGCUCACACCUACAAGCCUGACCUUCGCACCAUAGCCGCCCGCAACAUUGCUCCUGGUUCCAACUGCCGCGACCGCCUUCCCAGCAACUUCGCCCCCUUCCGCCCUAAUCAUGCUGGCCACCGCGCUCCCGCCAACACCGAAGAACACGCCUUCCUCCUCCACUGCUCCUUCAAGAUCCCCUCCACCGCAACGCGCCGCUACUACUCCAGGCCAGAAGCGCAAUACCUCCCUUCCAUCGCCGCCCACAGCACCCUCCUUUCCCGCCCGAAGGACCCAAUGUACGACUUCGCAGCCAGACAGCGUGAACAUGCCGCGCAGCACGCGCAGCGCCAACGCGAGCGGCAAGUGGAAACCACGCGUCGGUUGGGCGGGAUCAUGACGGGCCUGAAGAAGCGAUUGGGCCCUGAGGCUCAGUACAAGCGAUUGAAGGAAAGCAGGCUUCCAAUGCAUCAGCAGCCGAUUGGUGGAAGGAACUGGGUGAGGAGUCCGACCAGCGACGAGAAGAAGGCGGAGGCGGAGCAGGCGAAGCGAGAAGGGCAGCAGACCGAUCAGCAGCAGCAGGAAGUAGAGAAGAAAGAUCCAGACACGAAACUGUUGGACGAGUACGAAGCUGCGUUUCACGUGUGGGAGGCGAAGAUGAGUCUGGAGAACGGAGGGAAGGCGGUGGGAUGGUGGGAGGAUAGGUGGAAGGAGCCGGAGAUGAAGAGAUUCGCUGUGCAGGAGAUUCCGAAGUUUGGUGGAGGUGGAAAGGCAGUGGUGGUGAAGCAGCCGGGAACGGAGACAAAGCAGCAGGAAGCGAAGGGCGAGAGCCCAGUCCCUGCUUCUGCCCCAAUUGCUGUUCCUGCUCCUCUUCCGCAGUCUGCAAAGGAACCGCAGGAGAAGCCGCCGAUGGAGGUCGUGCGGUGGAAGUUGCCGCUCCUCGGGAAGCUGGCGGGAGGCCACCCGGCGCAUGAGGAGCACUUUGACGAUUUUGAAAUUUGA